AUGAAUGAAGGUGUCCUGGCCCAGGAGAACAUAGUGGGAGACCCUCAUGCUCAGGGAUCCUCCUACAUCACUGCUUCCUAUGUAAAGUACCUGGAGAGUGCUGGAGCCAGGGUUGUCCCCAUAAGAAUAAACAGAACCGAUGAAGAGUAUGAGAAGAUAUUUAACUCAAUAAACGGGCUGCUGCUACCAGGUGAGGGUGUAGAUCUGCAGACUUCCCAGUUCAGUCGUCUGUCAAAGAUUUUCUGUGAUCUGGCUAUCAAGGUAUUCCUUACCCACCAGAAUUACUUCCCCAUAUGGGACAUGUGCCAGGGCCUUCAGCAGAUGACAGUACUGACCAGCAACAAGAACCUUCUGACUCCGACAGAGACUAAGGCUGUGGCCCUGCCUCUCACAUUCACCCCAGCGAAUCACUAUCCGUUCUAUGCUGUCCAGUGGCACCCUGAGAAGAGUCCCUUUGAGUGGGUAGAUAAACCAGGCAUGGUCCACUCUGCUGCCUCCGUCAGAGCAUCCUUCUACACAGCACACUUCUUUGUCUCCGAGAGUGACUUAUUUUAG